UACACCACCAACACAUCGGGAUCCAUGCGUAAUAUCACCCAAGAGCAAGCUUUAUAAGUCCUGCUCAUAGUUAAACUUUCGCUGCAAUUCAGAGGUUUAGCCAGAUGUGCGCGUUAUCCUUCAAUGGAUCCAGAGGGGGAUGUGGCUGCAGGUCCACAGAGACCCCUACGUUACCACGUUGACACAUCGCAGAGGCUUCACUGCGCAAGAGCAAUACGUGGUGCCCAAAGCUAUCCCAUUCAAUCCCCAAAGUGCGUCAGUUUAACAACAAAGACGCGGAAUCAGACAGGAAGUACGCAUUGCAGUUUCAAAAUGUGAGCACCACUGGCUACUUAAACUUUGUUUUUAUUUGUUUGUGUCUCACGCACAUUGGUUCAUGCAUCUCGCAUCCUUAUAUGUUUUGCUUUUAAUUGAUAAAACAAUGCAGAAUGUGGUGUUCAGGUGAUCAGUAGAAGCUUUAUUUUUAAAGUGUAACAGGAUGUGGUGUAGUAUUUUGCCUGACUUGACACGUGAUCAUUCCUACACUGGGACCGGGGGCAGGACUUCUUAUCCAAAUCCGAGUAGAGGAAACCAAAGUACCGGAGAACGGGGAGACAGCGCGCACACAGAUAGUUUACAGGCCGUAGCCACACUUAUCUCCAUAGUUUAGAAGUUUGUCGGUAGUGAACAUGAUCCAGUGCGCGCGGGCCGUGUUGUAUCUGUCGGUUCUGGUGGCGUUCGCCGCCUGCAACGCUCCUCCGGUACCGUUAGACGACAUCUUAAUUGAGAAAACUUUCGUGCCAGAGCAGUGUGUGCGCGCAGUCAAAGACGGGGACUAUGUCAGGUAUCACUACAACGGCAUGUUUCCGGACGGCAAGAAGUUCGACUCGAGUUAUGACCGUGGCAGCACCUACAAUGUGUUUGUUGGCAAGAAGCAGCUGAUCCAAGGGAUGGACAAAGCUCUGGUGGGGAUGUGUGUCAACGAGAGACGACUGGUGAAAAUCCCACCUCACCUCGCCUACGGAAAACAGGGAUAUGGUGACAUCAUCCCCCCUGACUCCAUCCUCCAUUUUGACGUCCUGCUGCUCGAUGUGUGGAACCCCGAUGAUGGCGUCCAGAUCAACACCUACCACACCCCUCAGACCUGCUCCAGAAAGGUGGAUGUUUCUGACUACGUCCGCUACCACUACAACGGCACCCUGCUGGAUGGGACACUCUUUGAUUCCAGCCACACCCGCAUGCGCACCUAUGACACUUACGUUGGGAUUGGCUGGCUGAUCGCAGGUAUGGAUCAGGGCCUUCUAGGAAUGUGUGUUGGAGAGAGACGCAUCAUCACUAUGCCACCAUCACUCGGAUAUGGCGAGAAUGGAGACGGUAGCGACAUCCCAGGUCAGGCGUCUUUGGUGUUUGACGUUGUACUCCUGGACCUCCACAACCCCAGAGAUGGGAUCGUUGUGACCAAUCAGAUUGUACCCAAGUCCUGCACGAGGAGGACUGUCGCUGGAGACUUUGUGCGCUACCAUUAUAAUGGCAGCCUCCUCGAUGGAACAUUUUUUGAUUCCAGCUACUCUCGUAAUCGUACUUAUGACACCUAUGUUGGUCGGGGCUACGUGAUCUCUGGCAUGGACGAGGGUCUGAUUGGAGUGUGCAUUGGAGAGAAACGCACCAUCACCAUCCCCCCACAUCUUGCCUAUGGAGAGGAGGGCACAGGCACUAAGAUCCCAGGUUCAGCUGUGCUGGUGUUUGACGUUCACAUCAUUGACUUCCACAACCCAUCAGAUAACACUGAGGUCACCAUCGUGUUCAAGCCAGAUGAGUGCGAUAAGCAAACGAAGAAGGGAGACUUUAUCAAAUAUCACUACAAUGCAUCUCUGAUGGACGACACAUCCAUCGACUCCACGUAUAAUUAUGGAAAGACGUACAACAUCGUCCUGGGAGCCAACCAGGUUGUCCCAGGGAUGGAGGACGGACUGAUGGACAUGUGUGUGGGAGAGAAGAGACACCUUGUUAUACCUCCUCACCUGGGCUAUGGGGAGAGAGGAGUCACUGGUGAAGUUCCAGGGAGUGCUGUGCUUGUGUUUGACGUCGAGCUGGUAGACAUGGAGGAAGGACUUCCUGAAGGCUACAUGUUCAUCUGGAAUGACGAUGUGUCACCUGACCUCUUCACUGAGAUGGACACGGACGACAACAAGCAGGUGGAGCCCUCUGAGUUUACUGAUUACAUCAUACGGCAGGUGAACGAGGGUAAAGGUCGCCUGGCUCCUGGUUUCGAUCCCUAUCGCAUCAUUGACAACAUGUUCUCCAACCAGGACCGUAAUGGAGACGGGAAGAUCACAGAGGCAGAGUUCAAACUUAAAGCAGAUGAAGCCGCCGCCCAUGACGAGCUAUGACGGGAAUGAGAGUAAAACUCCGAUAAGGGUGUAGGGUGAAGGGUCAGACAGUCAGCGAAAUGGGAGGGGGGCUUCAGGGAUACGUACUGUAUGUGGGUGGUAGAGUAGAAGAGGAAGGGGUUGUAUUUGUAAAAUAAGCAAGUGUGGAGCGGGAAAUGUGCCAAGAGAGAUUUUUUACUUUGAAGACUGAGAUGAUGGUCUAAGGACAUCUUGUCCGUAAAGGAUAAGGCUGGCGAUUGUCUAUAUUUUUCUUAUUGUCAACAAAUCUCAUGUGCAGAGCCAAACCAACAAU